AUGAGACUCCUCCUUGUGUUCUUUAUGGUUCACACCAUCUUUAUCCCCUGCUUUUCCUUCGAUGUAUCGGGAAAGGAUCUUCCUUUAACCUUAGAAUAUUACAAGUCUACUUGCCCGACCGUGUUUGACGUCAUCAAGAAAGAAAUGGAAUGCAUAGUGAAGGAAGAUCCUAGAAAUGCAGCCAUAGUUAUUCGUUUACACUUCCACGACUGCUUUGUUCAAGGAUGCGACGGAUCAGUGUUGCUAGACGAAACAGAAUCAUUGCAGGGAGAGAAGAAAGCUUCUCCCAACAUAAACUCAUUGAAAGGAUACAAAAUUGUAGACAGAAUUAAGAACAUAAUCGAAUCCGAAUGUCCAGGAGUCGUUUCUUGCGCUGAUCUUCUCACAAUUUCCGCUAGAGAUGCUACAAUUCUGGUUGGUGGGCCUUACUGGGAUGUUCCUGUGGGAAGAAAAGAUUCAAAAACAGCGAGCUACGAGCUUGCAACAUCGAACCUUCCAACUCCUGAAGAGGGUUUGAUCAGCAUCAUCUCUAAAUUCUAUGCUCAAGGUCUCUCUGUUGAAGACAUGGUCGCUCUUUCAGGAGCUCACACGAUUGGAAUGGCACAAUGCCGGAACUUUCGAUCACGGAUCUAUGGAGAUUUUCGGGUGACGUCAGCCCUAAAUCCGAUAUCGGAGACGUACCUAGCAAGUCUCCGAAAGAUUUGUCCGGCGAGCAGCGGAGAAGGUGACAGUAACGUGACGGCGAUGGACAAUGUGACGCCGAACCUCUUCGACAAUUCGAUAUACCACACGUUGCUGAGAGGAGAAGGGUUACUGAAUUCGGACCAGGAGAUGUACACGAGCUUGUUCGGGAUUCAGACACGGAGGAUUGUGAGCAAGUACGCGGAGGAUCCGGUUGCUUUCUUCGAGCAAUUCUCCAAGUCGAUGGUGAAGAUGGGAAAUAUUUUGAAUUCAGAGAGUCUUGUUGAUGGAGAAGUUAGAAGAAAUUGCAGAUUCGUGAAUACAUGA